AUGUCAAGUAUUGAAGAAACAGCUCAAGCAAUCCAGGCGAUUUGCAGUGUUCUGCUAGGUGAACGAAGAAGAACAGUGUUACCCAAGGAAACAAAGGAGUUCCUGGAAAGUGUGUUUGAAAGGAAGCGUUGUCCCAACGCCAAAGAAAGACGGGCAAUUGCAGAGAAAUGCGGGUUAACACCUAUACAGAUAAGAAUAUGGUUCACAAAUAAGCGAAUGCGUUCCAAGACGCGAGGUGCGCGCUUUUAA